AAGCAGAAAAAAAUAUAAUAAUAAUAAUCGUAAUUGUUAGGGUUUUAGCGCAGAAAGAGAGAGAGAGAGAGAGAGAGAUCAAAUGGCGUCGAAGGGGAAGGGGAAGACGAGCAAGGGGUCCAGCUCGAAGGGGUCUGAGGAGCGAUCUGCGGUGGCUCAGUUCGUGAAGGAGUGGGGCACAUGGACGAUGCAGAAGACCAGAGUUGUCACCUACUACGGCUUUAUCCCUAUGGUGAUCAUCAUCGGCAUGAACUCCGAGCCAAAGCCUCAGCUUUAUCAGCUUCUCAGCCCUUUUUGAUUGAUUCCCAUAUCCCCUUCCGGACCCUGAUUUUUGAUUAUUUUCUGUGUUGGGUUGCUGCCUAUCCGUCGAAUCAACGCCCCCAUGGAUUGGUUCCUUUUUUUUUUUUUUUUUUCUUUAAACAUGUAUUAGUUAGAUUUUGCUAUUAAAUAGUUUUGGAGUUUUGGGUUUGUUAUUUUACUUUUUAGGGUUAUCGAAACUUAUGAAAAAAUCGAUCAAUAACAACGUUAUAUUUUGAUUAA